CCUUUGUGGACUACUUGGUGCUCCGCAAACUGGAGAGCGACAGCCCGUGGCACUGAUCCACGCAGAGCUAUAUAGCUGGCACGGCUCCAGCCUUUCCCGGUGUGCCAUCCCCACACAGCACUGCAGCUUUGGUCAUAUGAGCAGAAAUGAUGAGAAAAGCACUUUUUAAUCUUUUCGCACUUGCUUCCCUGUUCAAACAGUUGCAGGAUGGCUAUGACUGACUUGCUCAGCGCUGAGGAUAUCAAGAAGGCUGUGGGAGCCUUUUCAGCGGCUGAAUCUUUUAACUACAAGAAGUUUUUUGAGAUGGUGGGAUUGAAAAAGAAGAGCCCAGAAGAUGUGAAGAAGGUUUUCCAUAUUCUUGAUAAAGACCGAAGCGGCUUCAUUGAAGAGGAUGAACUAAAGUUUGUACUGAAGGGGUUUACCCCAGAUGGAAGAGAUCUAUCAGACAAAGAAACGAAGGCUCUUCUGGCUGCUGGAGAUAAGGACGGUGAUGGUAAAAUUGGCGCUGAUGCAAAUUCUUACACCGGAAAGGCUUGAAAUACAUGCAAAGUUAUCAGCUGUGACUGUGACCAAAAGAUGAGGAUGACAGAUGCUUUCUCGCUUUUCAUUUGGUUCAUGAAUCAAAUUCCAGAUUAUAACAGCCUACUUAAAUAAAAUUUUAAGUCACAAAUAUAUAUCACAUUUAUAUUCAGUGUUGCAGUGCUGUAUUUCCAUUGCAAACAAUUUGUUUGUUUCCCCCAGAACUGAAUUGUCAGGCUUCACUUUUAGCCCUUGUUUCAAACAUCAGCUUCUUACAUCACUAAAUGGUCACAAACAUGUAGCUUUCCACAGGGGUUAAUAUUAAUUCAUUAGGUGGCCCUUGAAUGCUGUCCCUCAGGAGCUCACAGCAGUUGUAAGAACUGAUCUUCAUGGAUUUUUAACACCACUGAACCCUCUUUCUCAGGUGUAUUGUCACAAAUGUUAAUCUCAGCCUAAUCAGCCUUCUUCAAGUUAGAGGCCUCAUGUUACACAUUUCCUCUCCGAUCUCCUGCUUUAAACCUUUUAUCAUUCCUGCAAGACCAUUCAGCUGAGAAAUAUUUCCACCAUCUUACCUCUUGUCUCAUCAAGAUUUGUAAUUUUGGGGCUGAUCUGCCAGUUUUGAACCAUUGAAAACUUGCAGCCUGUUCAUGCAAGACAUGGUCAUCUUCUGUGUGAUGUCGUGCCCCCUCCAUCUUCCGCUGAUGUGAAGAGAAGAUGGCAAAUUGGACAAAAAUUGCAGGCCAAGGCCAAGUUACCAAAUAAAACUACAAACAUUGGCUUCCAGAUUGGAUUGGGAAGCGAUGCUGAAGCAGCUCUGUCAGCUCCAAGGGAACAUUUAUAAGAAAGAGGAGAAAAGAAAAUGACGCUUUCUCCUUGUAAUGGGGUUUUUUAAAUUUAUUUUUUGUACUGGACAUGAACAUCAUGACUUUCAUUUUCUUGAUGUUAAUAGUCUUGGGAAAGUACAUAGAAAAUUUUAAGAUCAUGCACUGCAGACAGAAAAAACCCAAUUUUUUUUAUCCCAGUAGAUCAAAAUGUUUUCCUUGAUACAGCUCUAUUUCUGCAAAUAUUUUAAAAUAUUUCAAUUAUUUUCUUUAAAUGUUGUAAAAAUAAGACAUCAAGCAUUCAAAGUUACAGCUGAGAGGUCACGGCCUUGCCACAGGUAAAAGUCAAGACAAAGAAGAAAAUCUUUCUGCAAGUCCUUGUCUUACCUCUCUUUUUGCUCUUGCAUCUUCUAAAACAAAUCAGUGCCAUUACUUAUGAAGCUUCCUAAACAGAUUUGCUUUUUUAUGGAUAAUGUAAAAAACACAUUCUGAUGAGCAAAUUCAUUUGCCUACAACAUGCCCUCUGUAAUUACACCUCUCAUUUCAGAAAAAUACUACAGGGUAUGCAUUAGGCUGGUAUAAACUAUUAAACUAUACUGAAUGCAGUGAAACAAUCCUCUCCUUUCAAGUCAGAGCUUUGACACAAGACCACUAGUAAAUUAUUUUACAUGACAAAAUAAUCUAAUCUCAAGGAUUCUUCGCUAAAAGGCCCAUUGGAGGCAAUAAACACCUACCAGAAUGACCAACAAGCAGGGGCUAAUAUACAGUGCCUUAUCUCAGAAGUUUUGCAUGUAUGAGUAGGCUUUGUAACAAUGCCUCCACAAGCCACCCGUGGUCAGGUUAACCUUCAGAUGAAAAUAAAUAGUGAACUACUUUACAAGAUUAUUCAGCUGGAAUAUAUUUGAAAUAUUUAAAUUACAUUGAAAAUCCUGGGAAAAGUGUAAAGUGCAUAGUAUUUAGUCCUGAAGGACUAUUUUAUGGUUUGCUGGCUAUCAGAAAAUACCCGUGAAAUAUAUUGCCUUUACGUAGUAAUAUUGCUAUCAUAAUGCAUGGCGGAAAAUAUUUGGCUGUAAGUCUCAAUAACCUUUUCCAAAUAUAUUCCAUAGAUACAAAUUAUUAUAGAAAGGAUUUAAUUUAGCUGUAGCAAGUACAACAACUUGUUCUAACAGAAUAUGCAUAGUUAGUUUUCCUUUUUGGAAAUGUUUUUAUCAAUUGCAGUUCAUGUUUCUCUCUGCACGGUUUAUUCACACAGUGAUAUAAUAAUCGUAGACUUUUUCCUGUUCUAUCCAGAGUAGUCUAGGUUUCUAUCACAAGUACUUUAUGUUAUCUCUUAAAUUCAGUUUGCAACACUUUCUAUCUAUGUGGCCACCAUGAACAGGAUUUAUACAUGUUUUGUGUUAAGUAAUCUGCAUCGCUAAUCCUAAUUUGGAUUUACAUCUUUCAAAAUGAUGGAUAAAUUUGGAUUUAAUUUAAACCCUCUGACACUUUUAUUUCUCAGCCUGGCUUGUCAGCAUUUGGCAACAUGUUUUUUUGGACACACCAUCAAAAGCACUGUCUGCUUGCACACACCAGUCAGUAAAGAUCUCACUUGUUUAGAGUUUAACAUUUUUCAGCUGAACAUUAGACUGUUCUUUAAAAUGCCUAAUUUUCAUCUUUCAUCCUUUUGAGUUGCAAGACAUUACUCUUCAUUAUGUCACACUUCAAAAAUUUUCUCUUGAGCCUGCGUAGAUGACUGCCUCCUCUAUUUGUCAUUUUCCUUUCAGCUGAUUAUGUUAAACCCAUAAACCACUCUCUCUGUAUACCCUCUAAUCCCUUUAUCAUCUUUGUUGCCCUUCUUGGAAUUCCCUCUAGUCUCUCGUUUUUAAUGCUCUGAGGCACGCAGAACUGUGCAAGGUAUUCUCAUGUCUAACUGUUCCAAGGUUAGAUGAAGCUAGAAAUUAUAACCUCCUUGGGUAAUAGAGUACGCAGAAUGCAGUAUGCCAGGCAGCUAUUCACCGGGAUACAAAUGUGCCUUUUCCUUUAUCACCCUGCUGAAAGGCAUCAUAUAUACCAAAUCAUAAAAUAACCGCAAACUACAAAUAGGUAAAUCUAUGUAAAUAUUAUGGUGUAACACUAAUAAAAGCUACCAAGUAAAAUCCUGGCCCUCUGAGAUCUCAGACAUUUCUCUGCUUAUCACCAAUGUGGUCAAGACUGCUACGUAGGUUUGCGUAAGCCUUUUGUUUAUGUAAUCUGUCAUUUUCAGUCAAUUUGCCGUUAUAAAAUUGAGUUUAAAUGUAAUAUAUUUAUAAUAUAAAGACAUGAAUAAUCUGAAAAACCCAUUAAUGAGUCUCUUUGCCUAACUCUGAUAUAAAGGAAAUUUAUCUCAGUGCAAAAUUAAAUUUCUACUUCUUGCCUUUUCCCCACUGAGAUUUACAAAGGAAUAACAGGGAACUAAUCAAGUUCUUCAGAUGAAUAGCAGUGGACAGUCUUGACAGUCUGGCAUGUAUUGCAUUUCUCCCUUACCCUCAAAAAAUUCUUUCAUUUCACUGUGAGAUUUCCCCAGCCAUACUUUCCCUUUAAUUAACUUGGAUGUCUUUGUUCUUCUGUUAUUGUGAUAUUUCUGCUAUACCCGUGACUCUGUAAUCUUGCAAUAUGCUUCCUCCUUUUUUACAUAUUCUUUCUUUAACACUUGUUAAAAAUUUUUCC